GCAUGUAGCCGUCGCCGGACAUAUAAAGCGGAAUCGUCCAGCAAUAUUGUCACUCGGGUUUUUGGCUGCAUGCACUCCGUACACUAUCGUUCGUGAUUUCCUAUAGGUUCCAUUAUGCCAUCCUAUAAAGUGGUUUACUUCAACAGUCGCGGCAGGGCGGAACCAAUCCGUCUGAUGCUCGCUCAUGUCGGCCAGAAGUUCGAAGACGUCCGCUACACUCACGAGGAAUGGCCCCAACAUAAAGCAGGGGCUCCGUUGCAGCAGCUGCCCUACCUGGAGGUAGACGGUAAAGCCAUGCCACAGAGCCGGGCCGUUCUUGGGUUUCUGGCCAGGGAGUAUGGCCUGAAUGGUGCUAACAAUGAGGAGACAACCAAAAUCGACAUCAUCAUUGCCAUUAUGGAGGAUCUGACACAACCACUGGCCAAGAUAUUUUUCCAGGAAAAGGACCCAGCCAAGCAGAAAGAGCUUUUCGCCGUCUACCAAGCUGAAACUGUUCCGAAGUUCUUGGGACCCCUUGAGCACAUGCUGAAGGAAAACAAAGGCGGGGAUGGCUACUUCAUCGGGUCAAAGUUCGUCUCUGCCGUCGUAAAGCACAGCUCGAAGAUGCCUUGUUACAAAGUGGUACACUUCAACGGCCGUGGGUAUGCCGAGCCGACCCGUAUGCUGCUCGCUCUCGUUGGCCAAGAGUUUGAGGAUGUUCGACACUCGACUGCGGAUUGGCCCAAGCUCAAAGCCGAUGUUCCUUUGCAGCAGUUGCCUUACAUGGAGGUCGACGGGAAAAUCAUUCCCCAGAGCCGGGCCAUGCAUGGCUUCGUGGCCAGAGAAUUCGGUCUAAACGGCGCAAACAACGAGGAGACGACACAAAUCGACGUGGUCCUCUCCACCCUCGAAGACAUUCGAGUCCCACUCGGCAGAAUUUUGUACUACGAAAAAGAACUUGACGAAAUCCAAAAGAAAGAAAAGCUGAAAGAGUUUUAUGAAAAGACGGCCCCCAAAUACAUGGCGGGACUUGAAAAGAUGCUCACAGAUAACAAUGGUGGUCAUGGCUUCUUCGUGGGUUCAAAGAUUUCUCGUGCCGACAUCUUCUUUUACGUCGUCAUGGAAACGGUCGAAGAGGACGAGCUGAAGAAGUACCCUAAGCUGUCGGCACUGAUGAAACGCGUUGCCGAAGCCCCGAAGAUCGCUGCUUACUUAGCAAAGCGUCCGCAGACGCCAUGGUGAACCUUGUGGGACAAGCGGCUGAAGUCUAAGAAUGAAUGGCAGUAACUUGGCAUGACGGCCAAACUGAGAAAAAACCCUAUCGAAAAUACUAUCCAUAGGCCUAAAUACCUCAGACACUGGACCUAGUCUGGUUCCCAGACCAUAAGAAUCUGACUAUUCCUGAUGAAUCUUAGGUCCGGAAGCAUCCGGUAAUACAUUGUAUUACAAUUCAUGUCACGUGACUAAAACGGGAGGAAUUCCUCCUUUUUCCGAAAAUUUCCAAACAGGACAACAAAUUUGCAUUCACUGUGUUAUUUUUGUUUUAUAUACUUUAAAAAAAUGGACUUUAGAAGCCUUAUUGGUUUUCCCACAAAGCAGGGUUUUAAAUUAAGUUCCGGGAAUGUUUGCUCAAUCACACUUUUCCCCUUAAAUACAAAAUAAUAAUAAACUGAGGUUAUUAACCGUCUA